UCUCAGAGGGCACAGCCUCCACCUUCGACUCCUCUUUGAAAGAGAAAGCCCCCUUCACCAUCAGAAACUCUCUUGGGAUUCCUCUCAUCGUGCAGCACAGCAGCAACCUGAGGCCGGUGGGGUCAUCAGCGCAGGGACGGAUACAUGAGCUGUCCGUGGAUCAGAGCAUGGACCUGGAGUACUCUGUGUUCGAGCCGUCAUCACGGGGCAAACUGUCAGCUCUGCAGCGGCAAGAGAGCUGCCUGUUCCACCUCACCAUCGUUCCCUCCGGAUACAGCGAGAUCUCCAACAUCGCUGUAGACAAACCGGGUCGACGUCUCUACAACAUCCGUAGUCCGUUGAUACCGGAGGCGGUCUCUGUGCUGCUGCAGAUCGACGCUGCAGAGGGCAACAAGGUCAUCACUGUCCGUUCGCCGCUGCAGAUAAAGAAUCACUUCUCUGUGCCGUUCACCAUCCUGAUGUACUGUCCAAAGUCCAGGAGCCUGCAGAGCGUCGGACAGGCCGAACCUGAGAAAGAGUUUCACAUCGCCUUAGAAACAUACAGAUGUCAGCUGUUUGUACGUCCGGCGGGUCGUCUGGAGGCUCAGUACGGUCCGUCCUCCACCUGCGUGGCGUGGAAGGAGCAGGUGCACCGCAGCUCGGAGGUGCGUUCGGUGCUGCAGUGUCCGGCGGCCGACAGCAGCCUGCUGCCGCUGAUGGUCAGCACGCUGGCUGUCCCCGACGACCUGCGACACAUCGCCAGCCACGGAGAGGAAGACUGGUACCCCGCCUACGUCAUCCACCUCCACCCUGUGGCCACGCUACGCAACCUGCUGCCCUACACCGUCCGCUACUUGAUGGAGAACUCAGCAGACACUUACGAGCUUCAGGAAGGAAGCACGUCGGACCUCCUGAACGCUCGUGUCUCAGGUGAGAUCAUGUCGUUGGUGCUGAUGAGGUAUCAGGGCCGCGACUGGCACGGACAUCUUCGUGUCGAACAGGAAAUGCCGGAGUUCUUUGCCGUGUGUCUCACGUGUGACUCGGACACCAACGUGACGGUGGAUGUGAGCGUUCACGUGACGAGGACGGCGAGCCGCCUGCUGCUGUCACUCUUCAGCCCGUACUGGAUCAUCAACAAAACUUCUCGAGUGCUGCAGUACAGAGCAGAGGACGUCAGCUUCAAACACCCGGCCGACUGCCGAGACAUCUUCCUGUUCUCUUUCAGGAAAAAGAACCUCUUCAGCAAGAACAAGCUCCAGUUGUGUGUGUCCACCAGCUCCUGGUCUGAAGGUUUCUCUCUGGACACCGUGGGAAGUUACGGCUGCGUUCGCUGUCCGGCUAACAACAUGGACUUCCUGGUGGGCGUCAGUAUCCAGAUGAGCAGUUUUAACCUGACCAGGAUCGUCACCAUGAGUCCAUUCUACACUCUGGUCAACAAGACGUCCUAUGAGCUGGAGGUGGGAGAAGUGACCAGCCAGACCUCCACCAGGUGGCACUACAUCGCCACCACAGAGUGCCUCCCUCUGUGGCCGGAGAACACUUCGGGGAAGUUGUGUGUCCGUGUGGUCGGAUCUGAAUCCACCUCCAAGUACUUCUUCUUUAACCGACAGGACAACGGCACCGUGCUGAGCCUCGACAUGUGCGGUGGGAUCAUCGUGGAUGUCAACAUCUCCGAUCUCGCCACCAUCAUCAGCUUCAGCGAUUACUAUGACGGAGCAGCUCCGGCCCUCCUGGUCAACCACACGCCCUGGGUCACCAUCAGCUACCGGCAAAGCGGCUCAGCGAUGGAUCACCAGCUACAACCCAACGAAGCCCGACGCUUUGCGUGGGACGACCCAGCCAGCGCCCGAACGCUCAGCUGGAGCUCCGGGGGACAUUCUGGAGAGCUGGACCUGCUGAAGGAUGAGGUGGGUCAGUUCUCCUACGACAACUUGAGUCAGAUCCACUGGGUUUCCUUUCUGGACGGACGCCAGCGGGUACUGCUGUUCACCGAGGACGUCGCCGUGGUGACAAAAGCUCGGCAGGCCGAGGAGCUGGAACAGUUCCAGCAAGAAGUAAAGGUGUCGCUACAGAACCUGGGACUGUCCCUGAUCAACAACAGCAGCCGGAAGGAGAUCGCUUACAUCGGCAUCACCAGCUCAGGUGUGGUUUGGGAGAUGAAGCCAAAGAAUCGCUGGAAGCCGUUCAAUCAGAAAAACAUCAUCCUGCUGGAGGAAACAUACCAGCGUCAGCUGAGCGGGAAGACCGAGGGGGGCUGGGUCAAACUGCAGACCAACCUGGAGGUGAACCUCAGUGGUGUGACCAUGAUGAUGCGUCAGCCGUUUUCCUGCCAGGUGAGGAGGAACUUCCUGUCUGGGAUCCAGGUGGAGUACAAACAGUCACUGCAUCAGCGUAGUCUGAGGGCCCAGCUGCACUGGCUGCAGGUGGAUAACCAGCUGCCAGGUGCCAUUUUCCCCAUCGUCUUCCACCCUGUUCCUCCUCCGAAGUCCAUCGCUCUGGACUCAGAGCCGAAGCCGUUCAUCGACGUGUCCAUCAUCACCAGGUUCAACCAGUACAGCAGUGUCAUGCAGUUCAAAUACUUCAUGGCUCUGGUUCAAGAGAUGGCGGUGAAAAUCGAUCAGGGUUUCCUGGAAGCCAUCGUGGCUGUGUUCACACCUGCCGCUGACCCCCAGGCCGACAGACAGAAGUCUCGCCUGUUAGAGAGAGAUCUGCAGCUGCUGCAGUCCGAGCUGACGGAGGUGUCGCUCACCGACGCUUCAGGACUCAGCUUCUUCGAACAUUUCCACAUCUCCCCCAUUAAGCUUCAUCUCAGUCUGUCUCUGGGCUCCAGCGGUGGGAACUCGUCUCAGGGGACAGUGUCCGUUGAGUCUCUUAACCUGCUGUUAAAAAGUAUCGGUGCCACGCUGACCGACGUUGAUGACCUCAUUUUCAAACUGGCCUUCUUCGAGGUGAAGUACCAGUUUUACAGCAGAGAGAAGCUGAUGUGGGCGGUGGUCCGGCACUACAGUGAGCAGUUCCUGAAGCAGAUGUAUGUUCUGGUUCUGGGUCUGGACGUCCUGGGAAACCCGUUUGGACUGAUCCGAGGUCUGUCUGAGGGAGUGGAGGCCUUCUUCUACGAACCUUUCCAAGGGGCAGUCCAGGGUCCAGAGGAGUUCGCUGAAGGUUUUGUGAUCGGAGUCCGUAGCCUGCUGGGUCACACUGUCGGUGGCGCUGCAGGGGUGGUUUCCAGGAUCACGGGGUCAGUGGGUAAAGGUCUGGCAGCCAUCACCAUGGAUAAGGAGUACCAACAGAAACGACGAGAGGAGAUGAACCGACCGCCUAGAGACUUCGGAGAGAGUCUGGCUAAAGGAGGAGUUGGACUGCUGAAGGGAGUCAUGGGUGGAGUAACAGGCAUCGUCACCAAACCUGUGGAGGGGGCGAAGAAGGAGGGCGCAGCAGGUUUCUUUAAGGGCAUCGGGAAAGGUCUGGUAGGCGUGGUGGCCCGGCCGACAGGCGGCAUCGUGGACAUGGCCAGCAGCACCUUCCAGGGCAUCCAGAGAGCGGCGGAGUCGACAGAGGAAGUGACC